CAUAUAUUUGACUGCCCCCCCCCCCCCCGGGGCACGGCUACACUCGGCCUUGUAUACAAAGACCGGUUACUAUAUUCUGGUACUCUAUAACAAUACCAUGAAUACCUCGCACUAGUGUGAGUCGGCAGGGCCAUACGGCAACUCGGGCCUAUAUAGGCUUACAUGUGUUUAUGAAUGAUGCUUUCAAGUUCAUGUCAUAUCGUUUUUAGAAGUGGAUGAAUGAAUGAAAUGGCACCACCCAUAUCGGCAUCCCGAGCUCCCAUCAUGCACCUGCUUCGAAGUCGUACUCCAUCAUCCAUCGUGACCGCUCCACUGUGUAGAUACCAUCGACGGUUCUACGGUAGGUUAGUGCUCGGUAUUGAGACGACGUGUGAUGACACUGGAGCUGCAGUCAUGGAUGAUUCGGGCAAGAUACUUGCAGAAAGACUUCAUACUCAGAAGAGGAUUCAUGCCAAAAAUGGGGGUAUCAUCCCUCCUCUGGCUCAGGAUCUUCACCGACAGUUCAUUGACCCCGUUGUUCAAGGUACUAUCAAAGAUGCUGGGAUAGAGGCUAAGGACUUAUCAGCAGUAGCCUUAAGUACCAUGCCUGGCAUGCCUCUCUCAUUGUGGGUUGGUUUACAGUACACUAAGGAUAUGCUGCUUCGUCAUCCCCAUCUUCCACUUAUCCCAAUCAAUCAUAUGGAGGCUCAUGCCCUUACAGUGAGAAUGAUAGAAAGAGUAGACUUUCCCUUUUUGGUUCUACUUGUUUCUGGUGGUAACUGCAUCCUGGCUGUAGCACGAGGAGUAGGAGACUUCAAGGUUCUUGGUGUGACACUGGAUGACGCUCCAGGAGAGGCAUUUGAUAAGGUUGCUAGACGCCUGAAGCUUCAGCACCACCCAGACUGCCUAGGAUUGAGCGGAGGACAAGCGAUAGAGAAGAUGGCCGAGAACGGCAACAUCAGGCUAUUGAUGGAACGAGGGGUCCCCAUGAGCCAUCAUAGAAAUUGUAACUUCUCCUUUGCCGGUCUCAAAAACAUGGCAAACUGGCUUAUACAGCAUCAUGAGGUGAGACAAGGUCUGUCCGUCUCUGACAACGAUCAUCUCGACUCCGUCAACGACAUAGCGGCAUCCUUUCAGCACAAGUUAACUCAGCACCUGAUCAUACGGAUCGCUCGGGCCAUGCUCUAUUGCCAGCAGACCGGUCUCAUCCCAGAAGAGAACCAGACACUGGUUGUUUCGGGAGGAGUCGCCAGCAACAAGUACAUUCGCAAGGCCCUAGACUUCACCGCCAGUCACUUCAAGUACAAACUGAUUUGCCCUCCACCGCACCUGUGCACAGACAAUGGAGUCAUGAUUGCUUGGGCUGGGGUAGAAAGACUAAGACUAGGCAUGGGCUUUGCUGAUGAUCCUCAGUCUGUGAGAUUCCAACCAAAGAUGCCCCUUGGUGAAGAUAUUUCAGACCAGGUGAGGGAAGCAAACAUCAAAGUAAAAAGAAUUAAGUUUUGGUGAAGAGAAUGGAAGGAUCUACAUCAAGACUGGAAUAGAGCCAAGUCAAGGCUACUAAUUCAAACAGUUGUUCGUGGCUUUACUCGCUAAAGCUUGCUUUCAUUUCAAGUAUGUGUGGAAUCUCAAGCAGGAUGGAGAAUAAUGCCAAGUCAUGCUACUGAUGUUGCGGAUUCUAAGAAUUGUUCAUUGCCUGACUUGAUAAAGCUUGCUUUGAUUUCAAGUUAAGGUGUGGAAAUACAUGGAAUCUUCCUGCAGAACUUGGACUGGUGCGAAGUCAAGAUAACCCUUAGUAAUGCAGAGAACUGACCAUUAUCCUAAUCACCAAAGUUUGUUUUAACAUCAAGUUUAUUUAAGGAAAUCUCCAGCAGGACUGGGAAAAGUGCAAAGUCAGCUACUCAUGUUGCUCAUUCCAAGAACUGUUUGUUGCAUAUUAUGUAGGCCAAUGACAUUGCAUCUGAACAAUGAUGUCAAAAUAAAAGAGGAUUUGAUAAUUCAAUAUUUUAUUGAAUUUCCAUGGAAAAUUGUGAAAGUUGUGAAUAUGCUGAUAAGUCAAGAUCUAUGAAAAUACGUCUUUGAAAUGACAUUGGACUUGUAAAGUAUUUGAUUAUUGAGAACAUCCUUUUAUAUUGCAAUAUAAAAAGAGAAUGAAAUCUGAAUGGCUUUUUGUGUGUUUCCAUUAAUUACACUUGCCUGGCCCCACGUAAUAAAGUUUUACAACGAUUGUAAUUUUCUGAUUAUUGUAUUACCAUAGAAACCUUUAUUGUAAUUGGCUUUUGAGCGCUGUUACCAUGGUAAUAACAAAGUUACCAUUUAUGUAAAGGGGUCCUGAUUUGUCACAUACUUCAAACAAAUGCAGCAAGUUUAAUUUGUAGGUUGUCAAGGAAAGUAAACUUUACCAGUUAAAAAUAUCAAAUGAUAGGCUGCAAUUACUAACUUUGACAGCUUGUUACUGGGAAAUUUA